ACCGAGCAAUUGCUAUAUAAAAGGCCCGGCGUCUCGAGGAAGGCAUUUUGCUCGUGGUGGUGUGGCACGAGGCAUGAGGUAUCCUCGCGGAACGUGCAAUUUGCAAUAGUUCGCGCAGUGACAGCAAUCAGUGCGCCCAGUUAAUAAGAAUUGCUUUGAACAGAACUUCUUAGAAGAACCAUGGUGUUCCACGGCCUCCUGGUGAUCAUGGGUGUCCUCGUGUGUGGAUGCAUUGGCGGCCUAGUACGAGGCCCGAAAAUCUACAACGCGCUCAUCACCUCCGACGCGAAUCUCACCCCCAGCCAGGCGUUUCCGAUCAUAGAGCCCGUGCUGAGGACGACGGCCCUGGGUGUCGCGUUUCCGCCCAUCGUGGUGCACCCACCGCCUCGGCGCACUAUUCAACCCACGCAGCUCGACAAGGAAACUGCACAGUCAGAUGGUGGAGGCAAGGUGCAGUUCGCAUACCACGGUUCGCUCUACCCGCUCGCUUAUGACCCAUACAUUCCAUAUGGCUACAGGCAGGAAUACCUGUACCCAGCGCUUCCGUACUACCAGCAUCCCAUCUACGUGGAGCCGCAGCAGCAAACCGUCAAGGAGGAAUCCCCAAAGCCGGCCAUCAAUUUUAAGAAGAACCCCGACAUUCCCGAUGUGCUUCCGCCGUUCCCAAUAAAGGACGAGAGGAAGGGCAACUCGUGAUCGGUGUUCGUCCAUUAUUUACUUUAACGAAUAGUUAUUUAUUUCCGCUAACAAUACAUGUGCUAUCUUAAAACUGGCAAAAAAAAAUACAAUAAUAAUACAUUUUAAAAGAACG